CACCUCUCCUCACUCCUCUUUCAUCUACUUCUCUCUCUCUCUCUCUCUCACACUCUCUCAUUUUUGUUCAGACAGUUUCCUGUUACUUCUUCAUUAUAAUCUUAUUCUUCACUAUUAAUAUCUAUAGCUUUUAGUGAUCCUGAUCGAUCAAUAAAGCACGUCUAAACUAUUAAUUUGAUUUGCUUUAUUAGCUGGGAAAAAAAAAUGGGAUCGGAGUCUCCUUCUGCUCAGUACAUCCACAUGGUGCAACACCUAAUAGAAGAGUGCUUAGUAUUUAACAUGAGCAAAGAGGAAUGCAUGGAAGCUCUAGAAACGCAUGCAAAUAUCAAGCCCGUUAUUACUUCCACAGUGUGGAAUGAGCUAGAGAAAGAGAACAAAGAUUUUUUCGAGGCGUACGCUAAGAAGAGAGAGGGCAAAACAUCGGAGAGCGAAUCAAGCCAACGCAAGAGAAUCCGCGAUAUCGUUUCGGAUUCUACGAGGACAAAUAUGAAUGACAAUGAUAAUGAUAAAUCAUGAAUCAUUCCUACCGAAUAUUUCUGCAUGUUUUUUUCUUUUCAUUUCGACAACGAUAUGUCUCAAACUUUGCUUCACAUGUAAUGAAUGCAAUGAAACACAGUAGUACUGAUUAUUUUGUUUCUGUAA